UGUCAAUGCAUAAUGCUUUUCCUUUGAGUUUAUCACACUUUUCCAUUCGGCAGUAGCUACUAUAAACAAUUCGCUUAAGCUUCCUUAAAAUUUUGUUAUUUGUUUUUGGCUGAAGAGUAUGUUGGACUUGUAGUCGGUCCAAGUGACAAUGACAACCCAUGCUAAUUCAAAAAGUCUGACAUUUCCCCACACAUAGUCAUUUCAAUACAUUUCGAGAAACAAUCCUACUAUUGAUACAUCCCUAAAGAUAACUUUUUUCCAAAAAGAUUAUGAGCACUUCAAUGAAACUAACAGGACGUCGAGAAGAUACAGAUAUAGUGUUAACAGAGCAAAUUGCAAGUGCGCUAAAAGCGGAAUUACCACGACGUUAUCGAUUGGCGCCAGAAAUGACCCUGCUUUACAGUAUUGAUCAGCAUGGUAUAAGUCUGCACUCUCUGUAUAGAUUAGCGAAGAAUAAUAAAGGCCCGUGUGUUCUAUCGAUUAAAGAUGCCAAUAAUAACAUAUUUGGAGCCUUUUUGAACGAGACAUUAAAACCGGGGACACGAUAUUACGGAACAGGAGAAAGUUUUUUAUGGAAAUGGAGCAAAGCAGAAUCCAAACUAAUAACCUAUAAAUGGACCGGUAAAAACGAUUAUAUCAUUUUGUCAGACAUGGAGUUUAUCGCAGUGGGUGGAGGUGAAGGCGUAUUUGGACUAUGGAUCAAUUCCGAGCUGGAAAAAGGUUAUAGUCAAACAUGUCCUACAUUUGAUAACGAACAGCUGUCCAAGAACCCAGAGUUCGAGUGUGUAGAAUUGGAAAUUUGGGGAUUCAAAUUUGAAGUGGGAAAUGCACAGUCUGUCCCAUCCAAUGAAAAUGAAGAAAGCAAGCUGUCUGGUGAACAGUUUAAAAAAUGCUCAAAAUAUUGAUUGCUAUGAGAAACAUACGAUGGUACAAUUAUUUACCGCUAUAAUGCAGUGGAAAAUCUGACAUCCAAAACCCCCCCCCCCUCUCCACCCAUUGAGUGAUGAAGUCUCAUUUUCAAUUGGUGCAUGAAAGAGCGUUACAUAAUGCUUGAUAAACGAAAUGAGAAAAAUGGGCUUUUUAUGGCAGUCAAGAUUGAUAAGAUUAACUCUAACUGACCUCCAGACUUUGCAACUGAAUGCAAAAAGAAAGGAAAGGGAAGCUUAAAUCUGGUGAUACGCAGCAUUCUUGUGAAUCUUUUCUUGCAAUUGAUUACUCAUCCUUUCCAAACAAGAGAGUAACUUGUCUCAUAUCUAUACAUUUAAAUUUAUCUCUCUCUCUCUCUCUCUCUCUCUGUCAUUAAAGGAAGUAAUACGCGUCAGAGAAUUGUCUUGUUUAUGA